GAAAUACACACCAAAAAGUAAUACUCGGAUGGGAUAUUGAUUUUAUGUUAUCUUGCUGACCAUUCAUUGAUCCAUUUUCUAUAGAUCUUGUCAGUCAUUCGGGUCAUGGGUGAGCUGGACCUUAUCCCAGCUGAUUUUGACCAAUUUGGUGGACUCCCGUUGCCACAAAAACAAAAUGGCAUUGAGUUUCUCACCCGUUUCACACUCUUACACGAUGCCAGCUUUCAAAUGAGACACAUUUCGAAACAUUCGAGUGGCAAAAAUUGGAAUAAAUUUGAAACUGUAACGUGGACGCGAAUCCAAAGCAAAUUAAUCCUCCGGUAACAUGAGACAUGAGGCUGCAGCAGACCAUUAUAUAACAAAGAAGGCAAUUCAGGGCAUGAAAAUAAAUAAAUAAAUGGAACAUGUCUUAAGUCUAUUAUGUUCCUGUCAUAUCUCCUCAGUUAAGGUGAUCAAAGUGUCAAAUUUGGUUAUUUUCCACCUUGACUAUGAAUGUUUUCCACCUUGCUCGCUGAACACGGUUGCUAGGCAACACAGGAGCAACAGUCCAGUCGCAGUAGGAGCGUCUCACCUGACUGAGGCAGCUCAGGGUCAGGAGGAGUUACUCGCAGAGAACACCAACACAGGAUCUCGCCUCCAUGGGUCACGGCCGCAUCUUCGCACAUCCCGAUGAUACGACUCACAAUGUGUUGUUAAAGGCUGGCAGAGUUCUCCAGUGCACGAUUGGGACAUGUCAGAGAGUUCUUCAGGCGUGAACACUCUCAGUGAAAGCCUCCCCAAAUCCUACUUGUCCCACUACUCCGAGCUCGGUGUGGCACACUUGCCUGCCACCGUGCACCAGAGUCCUGAUUCUGGACUUGGAUCGACACCUCUUCCAUCCAACCGCUUUCGGUUUGCCUCGUGGCAUCACCUGCCGCAGUGUGACCUCACCGGAGAUCAGCUGACCUGCCCCAGGGUCCGAGAAGGGCCAUCCGAUGAGGAGCUCUUUCAAAGACAGGCGGAUUCAGCGUGUGUGGAGAGAUGGCGGCGCAAGAAGAGAGAGAAGGAGGGGCAGAGUUGGGAAGAGAGACGACAGGAGAAUUGGGAAAACUGUCUGGAGCUGAAUCUCUCCUACCAGGAUUUGGGCGACGCCUUCCAAGAAGAAAACUUCCUCCGCAUUCUCCGCAGGUUGAUCCGCGUGGAGCAACUGCAGCUGGUCAACAACUCUCUUAGCAACCUGAGUUCUGUCCGCCUGCCAAGGUGCAGAGUAUUAAAUCUGCACCGCAACCAUCUGGUGUCUUUGCACCAGUUGCCAAAACUUCCAGCUGUAGAGCAGCUUUGCUUGUCCGAGAAUGCCAUUAGCUCCCUGGGCGGAUUGGACAGAUUGAGGAACAGUCCUCUGCGAUCCCUAAACAUGACUCUCAACCCAGUGACCUUUUCUCAGGACUACCGUGCACGUGUGUUCUCCUGCUUGCCAAAUCUUGAGAUCCUCGAUGGAGUCCCGAUGCUGUCGGAAGACCAUCUCCACACUGGACUCCACUUCCCACCAAUCACAAGGAUGUGCAACAUUUUGUGACGUUUUCUAUAGGAAUGGAUAUGUGCUAUCCAGACUCACAUCUACUCAGAGGAGAAAACACCCCAAUCUUUUUUUACAUUAAAUGUGCCACAACUCUUGCCAAAACCACCAUAUCUAAAAUAUACGCUUUGCAGGUUUAAGCGUUUAUGGUCGCGUCUAGUUUAAAUUGUGUAUAACUGACAAUAACGGAAUGCAGUGGAAGGAAACAUGUUGACAAGAUCUUCAGGAGAUAAUAAGGCUAAUCAUGACUACAUUACAUAUCAUUGGCUGAACCAAACGUGCCUGUUUCCAUGCCUGUUUUUGCAUAGAUAAUAUAUAUGUUUUUAGACGGUGACUGGAAUAAACCAAUAAAAAUGUGACUU